UUAUAAUGUAACCGUAUUGGAGUUUUCACUUUAAAAAUUGUACUAUCGAAAAUUCGUCCUAAUAUUUAAAUAACACACAUUAAAAAUGUGGAGACAUGGUAAUUCAAGGCACAAAAAAUGGUUAGAAAUUUCGGAAGAGGAAAAUAAAGUGAGAAGAAGUCUCAGCAAAUUGUUUCACACCGUACAAAACAUCCCUUCCACCAGGUCUGGACUUGUUGUCGAUUCUCUAUGGGAUUUGGUAGAUGAGUUAGAAUCAUUUGAUCCUGCUAGUUCCGUAAAAUCGAUGAAAUUCACUCAAACAACAGAAAACAAAAGCUACAGCAAAAGAUAUCUCAACCUUCGUCUCCAUCCUUCUAAUGAGAAACCAAACCAUGCUAACUCUGGCUGCAAUAGAAAUUAUAACCUACUAAGGACUGUGUCUACGGAAAGGCAAAAGCUAGAUUUAGUAGCAGAUACAAGAUUAAAUAAAAUUCCGAAAGCAGAUCCUCAAAAGUGUUACUCAAACGCUCCAGUGAAACAUCGAGAGAAAAAUGUUGGACAAAACCCUAAAAAUUCUCGAGGAAGAAUACCAAAAAAUAAAAAUCAACCGAGUGUCAGUGGCGGUCAAAAUUUUCUGCCUGCUAAUACAAAACCAGUUUCGCCAAAAGGAACUCAAACAGAGUUUGUUAGAAGGAAGUCCAAAACAUCAGUUCCUCCUGAUGUAGCAGAAUCAUCAGUGAAAAAGAACUUUAGAAGAAGCAAAAGCAUUCUAAAAAAGAGGGAAACUAACACUAUAAAAUUAGAAAAUAGUAAUGUACAAAAAUUAUCAGAACAGAAAAACGUAAAAGUCUUAAAGCCAGUAAAGAAAAUUAAAAGCAAUAGUCAUAAACGAAAUGGCUCAUUGGAUUCCAAAUUGAAAUCUAAGAGUGUAAUGGAAUCACUUAUCUGCAACCAAGAUUUAUCUGCAACAGAUGAGUCCAGUAUGGUAAAAACCCUCACGAACUACUGGAACAACCUUCUAAAGAAUGAUGAGAGCACUCUAGAAGUAGAUAACUCACAGUUGCAAUACAUUCACAGCUUUGAUCAGCUGAGUGAAGGGGACUGUCAGCGAGUCAAGUGCUUCCAAACGUCAAAAAGCAAUAGAUCUUCACGCCUACGGCAUCUCUCUGACUCUAACAUUAACAUCAUGAAAGGGCUUGAGAACUUGAAUAGCUUGUCCUUGAAGAAACAUCAGUCCAAAGGUACACAGAUUACUGAUGAAGAUCCUAUUCGCCAAGUAUCAGGAGACGUUCUGAACCACGAUGUAAGGUGCUCGAAGAAUCACGACACUUCCUGUAGUUUCAGCACAAAAAGUGCCGUGCAAGUUUUGGAACAGCUCAUCAAACAGCUUCGAACCUCUCCUGAUGAUGAACUAUUAACAAGCGCAACCUGUGUUCCCCAAAGUGUUAAAACUAUGUUGUGUCUUAUGACAACAGCUAUGAUGUCUGCACAUGAACAUAACACCUUUGAUAACUCUAAUUGUACUCCUACAAUUCCUAAAGAAAUAUUCACAGAUAAUGCAGCUCUAUCUGUUAAUUUAUCAAAAUCCAAUUCUAGAACCUCUUUUUCACCAGUGGAGGACAAUCUGGAGAAAGGCAUGGAAAGUGCUCUUGCUUUACCAGGAAUAAGUUUAGAAAAAGUUAAAGAGGCAGUAAUAGUUUUCAACUUUUUAAAAGAUAAAUUAUGGAUUAAAUUUCUUGAGUUUAAUGACAGAAAUGAAAAAAAUACUUUUCUCCACGGUGAUGAAAUAUCAUCCCAAAACUUCACAUUUAUUUACGAAGAGGAAAUUCUUAUAGAAGAUGAUGAUAAAAGUGAAUUGGAGGUUGAAGAAAUAACAGCUGGGGAAAUUUGGCACACAAUUUUCUUGUCAAUUUUAAAUUGCGUGAAAGACAUAACCAACGUGCUAAUCAAUCGGAUCAUUAUUCAGAGGCCCCACGCUAUUGAAGAAUGGAUUACAAUGAUAUAUCAAUCUCUGGUAUCGAUUUUGGUUUGGUGGGUUAUUAUGAAAGAGGUUUUUGGAAAAUAAAUGUUACAA